UCAUAAGUCAAAAAAAUGCUGCAACAAAAAAACGAUUUAUGCCGUUAAGGAUAUAAUUAAAAACGUCAUAUUAUCACUUUGCUUUAAAAGCAAGCAAGUAAGGAUACUACAUGCAUAGAUGGUGAUAACAGCAAGGUGUUACAGCAUCCAGUUAUAUAUCAAGAAUUAGCUUCCUUAAGAAACACGACACUACAAGAUAAUAAAUAAAAUGGCAGGGAAGAAAGCAAUGUCGAUUCUGCCUAAUCUUCCACCCCUACCGACAAUGAAGGAGGUUAUGUCAGUGCAGAAAAUAUCCGCUUUGAAAAGGCUAUCUCAAAACUUUUUGAUGGAUUUGAAUCUGACAAAUAAAAUAGUGCGACAUGCUAAAUUUGUGAAAGGUGCACAUGUAUGCGAGGUAGGACCUGGGCCUGGUGGAAUUACACGUUCUAUAUUGAAUAAACAGCCAGCAUCAUUUUAUGUAAUAGAAAAAGAUAAACGCUUCCUGCCAGGUUUAGAGUUAUUAUCUGAAGCUUCAAAUGGAAAAAUGAAAAUCUUCUUAGGCGAUAUUUUACGCUUUGAUAUGUCAAAGUUGUUCCCAGAUGAUCUUAAGCAUGACUGGCUUGAUAUACCUCCCAUGAUUCAUAUAAUUGGCAAUCUGCCAUUUAGUGUUGCGACCCCUUUGAUCAUCCAAUGGCUUCAGGAGAUACAGGAACAUAAGGGGGCAUGGAGUUAUGGACGCUCUCGAUUAACACUAACUUUUCAACUUGAGGUUGCACAGAGAAUGGUAGCUGAACCCGAAUCUCUAAUGCGCAGUAGGUUAUCAAUCAUGUGCCAGUAUCUCUGUCACGUAAAUCAUGUUUUCACAAUUCCUGGGAAGGCAUUUACACCAGCGCCUGAUGUGGAUGUUGGUGUAGUGACGUUUGUUCCAAGAAAGGAGCCUCUGAUUGGUCAACCUUUUAAAUUAGUUGAGAAGGUUGUUCGCUGUAUGUUCCAACAUCGUCAAAAACUUAUAAAAUGGGGGUUUGAAAUGCUUGUACCAUUUGAUCGCCCAGAUUUAGUAGACCGUUUUUUCAAGCUAAGUGGAAUCGGUGAAGAUAGUCGACCUAUGGAGCUCACAAUAGAUGAGUUUAAAUCAAUAUGCUGCAUCUACGAGGAAUUGUGCAAUGAAAUACCUGGACUGUUCGAAUAUGAUGCACGAUCACGGGAAGUUUCAGAGGCCAAGAAACAAUGGCGAACUGCUAAAAGAGAUGGAGAGGAUGUAUUCUUAGGCACUUAAUCUAUGGAGUCAGAUUAUCUUUGAUUAUUAAAGGAAUAAAUCCAGGACUUAUUGAUUUGUGGGUGAUUUAAAAUAUUAGGUUCGUGAAUGAAAAUUAAACUGAGGCUGGGAGGUCUAGUUGUCUAGUUUCAAAACUUGCAUACGAGUGAGGGCAUUAAUCAAAUCAGCCCUAAUUCACAUCAAUAUUAUAGAUCAAUUUUGUAUAAAAAUAUUUGAAAUUCAUUUUAUCUGACUUUGAUUCCAAACACCAAAUGCAUCAUGGAUGUACUAACUAUAGCUAAAUAUGAGAAAAAAACAAAAUUUUACAUUAAGUUUUUUGUUCAAUCAUUUUUUGAAUGGAAACUGGAAAUGGUGUCACAUAUGUGCAGUUGUAUAAUAGUAAAACCUCUAUAUACGCUCAUUCUCCGUUAAGCGUGACUUUUGAGGUGUCAAAAUAUUAAUUUUUCGACCUCAACCAAAAUACAAGCUCUACUUAGUUUAUGAAUGGCUAUGGUCUGUGGGUGACAAAUGCCAAGUUUCACCAGCCUUGUACCAAAAUUGGAGAAGUUAUAAGUUUCACAAAAAUUUCUGAUUACAUGGACCCUAUACCAUAAAAAAAGGCUUGUUUGUUGAAACAGGUAUCAAUAUGUGAUUAGUUUGCGAUCCAUAACUUGUUGAUUAGAAGCAAAUAUAUACGAGAUCAGGUUGAAGUGACAUAGUCUGACUCGUAAAUUAGAUACAACUGAGUGACAGAAUUCAAAGUUAAAUUUUUGAAAGACUAAAAGAUUUGUUCGUAAUUAACAGCAAAUCUAUGUUCACUUAUCACUUCGGUGACAGGCCAUUUUCUUGUUGGAUACCCCCACAUACUUCAGGCACCUCUAAGUCAGUAACACAAUAUUGCACACAUGUAAUAUGU